CGACCAACAAAAGCAUACUACAUGGAUUGCACACUAUGCUGACGGCGGCCAAGGGCAAGUGGGUGGAGGAACUGCCGAGCGUCUUGUGGGCGCAUAGAACCACGUUCAAGGUGGCUACGGGCGAGACACCCUUCGCCUUGACAUAUGGGAGCGAAGCCGUUUUGCCCGUGGAAAUGCGAGUCCCGACCUUCAGGAUGACUCGCCGAGGCGAUUCAAUGGACGCCAAGAAGCGGAUCGACGAGUUGGAUCUAUUGGAUGAGCGCCGAGAGGUUGCGGCUCUACGAUUGGCAGCAAUAAAGAGUCAGGUUGCGAGGUAUUACAACAAAAAGAUGAGGGCACACAACCUUGUUGUGGGCAACCUUGUGUUGAAACGAGACUUUCGUCCAAAUGCCGCGGAGGGAAAGUUGGCACCAAAGUGGAAGGGACCAUAUCGCAUUCAGGAAGUUGUUGGCCCAAAUACGUUCAAACUGGAGAAUAUGUCAGGUAAGAGGGUGAAGAGGACAUGGAACACCCAUAAUUUGCGGAGGUACGAAGUAGAGGAAAAGACUGGUGUUGUGUCAGUGACAGACGCACAGGCGCACGAUCAGGAGUAAAAGCAAGUAGCAAGGCGUUUCUGGGGAGGGCUUGUUUUGAUUAGUAGGUUUCUGUUAAGUUGUCACAAGCGCCCUUUUUGCGCCCGCUCCAUGUAAAGCGCCCAGAUUUUGCGCCCAUUUUCCGAAAUCGGAUUAAUUAUUAUCUACGAAAUUUGGCAUCGGAAUACCCCAUUACGCCCAAUAUAGAGCCCAUACAUUGGCGCCCAAUACAUUGCGCCCAACAUAGCGCCCACCCGCUUGCGCCCUUGAAAUUAAUGGUACAAGCGCAA